AUCGAUUUAUCAUGUUCACGAUGAUGAUAACCAUAAUGUGCAGAAGGUCCUUUCAGUUUCAGCUUCUGCCCGCAUACAUUGUCGUGUUGCUAAGCAUGAGGAUGGUUGUGAUUGGAGUUGAUUCUGGAGUCAGAGAUGCUGGCAUCCAUUGCGUAGAAAGGGAGAGGCGUGCUCUGCUCAUGUUUAAACGAGAGCUCAUCGAUGAAGAUGACAUUCUCUCUUCUUGGGCAACUGAUGAAGAAAACAAAAAUUGUUGCAACUGGAUGGGAGUUCACUGUAGCAACCGAACUGGUCAUGUGAUUCGGCUCAACCUUGGGUCCAACUCUUUGGGAGGUAACAUUAGUUCUUCACUGCUUGGAUUGCAACAUCUCUAUCAUCUGGACCUCAGUGAAAACUAUUUUGGUUGGUAUACUCCUGUCCCAGACUUCAUUGGUUCCCUUAGCAAUUUAAGAUAUCUCAAUCUGUCAUUUUCUUUCUUUAGUGGAACACUGCCUUACCAGCUUGGAAAUCUUUCUAACUUGCAUGCUCUUGACCUCAGCUGGAACUAUGAUAUGUAUUUUUCAAAUCUUGAGUGGCUUUCUCAUCUCCCUCAUUUGGAAUACCUCGACAUGAGGGAUGUCAAUCUCAGUAGUGCCAUUGAUUGGCAGCAAGCAACUAAUGGUCUCUCUUUUCUAACACACUUAUACCUAGGUGGGUGUGGCCUCUCUCAAAUAGUUCCUCCCUCUCCCCACCAAGUUAACCAUUCUUCAUCUCUUCUUGUUCUUGAUCUCUCUGAAAACAAUCUCAAUUCUUCCAUAUACCAAUGGGUUUUCAACUUCAGCAGCAACCUUGUGCAGGUUGACCUCUCGAGUAACAACUUGCAAGGUCCAAUUCCGGAAGCUUUUGGGAGAUUAUGUGGGUUGAAGUCAUUGCUUCUAUAUAUGAAUGAGUUGAGCCAAAAGCUUUCAGGGCUUUUUGAAACACUACUAGGCGGUUGUGGAGGGCACUUAUUCGAGAUUUUGGACUGACAUUCAAAUCAAUUCAGUGGUUCAUUCCCUAAACAUUUUAGACUUCCUCUUACUCUUGUUGUUUUGGACUUGUCACACAACCAAAUUGGGGGGCCAUUGCCUGAGCUUGUGGCAUUUUCAUCAUUGAGGGAACUACAUCUUGGCACAAACCAAAUAAAUGGGUCUAUAUCUGAAGAUAUUGGGCAUCUUUCUCAACUCGAGGUCUUGGAUGUUUCUUCAAAUUCUUUAGAGGGCAUGAUUUCUGAAGCUCACCUGUCUAAUCUCUCCAGAUUACGAUUCUUGGACUUGUCUUACAAUCCAUUAGCUCUGAACCUAAGCUUUGACUGGCUUCCUCCUUUCAAAUUGGAUAUUAUACAUUUGAGCGGUUGCAAGCUAGGGCCUCAUUUCCCAGAGUGGCUAAAAACUCAAAAUAAUUGUUCUGAGCUUGAUAUCUCUGGGGCUAGAAUUUCAGAUGUUAUCCCAAAUUGGUUUUGGGAACUAUCUCCAAGAUUAAGUCUCUUGAAUCUAUCCUACAACCAAAUCGAUGGUUUGUUGCCCAAUUUGUCUGUGAAGUUCCAAGAUUCAAUUAAAAUAGAUUUAAGUUCUAAUAAUUUCUGCGGUGCAGUAAUGCCAUCAUUGUUUCCUAAUGUGUCAUUAUUGGAUCUCUCAAAAAACAAAUUCAAUGGGUCUGUUUCGUUCUUAUGCAAGAUUUCCGGAGAAUCUUUGUUGCAUCUUGACUUGUCAGACAACCUACUCUUAGGGGACCUACCCAAUUGUUGGAUGCAUUUGAAAAAAUUAAGUGUUUUUCAUUUGCAAAACAAUAAAUUGUCUGGGAAUAUUCCUAGCUCAAUGGGCUCCCUAUUUAGCAUCUACAGUUUGCGUUUACGCAACAAUGACUUUACUGGAGAAUUGCCUUCAUCAUUUCAAAAUUGCACGUCGUUGACAGUUCUUGAUCUGGGAGAAAAUCAAUUUUCUGGCAUAAUACCAGCAUGGAUAGGGGAUAGCCUAUUGGAUUUGGUUGUCCUUAGUUUAAGAGAUAAUCAAUUCUAUGGAACCAUACCCCAAAGCCUCUGCUACCUAUCACAUAUUCAAAUCUUGGAUCUCUCUCUAAACAACAUCUCAGGAAACAUACCAAAAUGCAUCAACAAUUUUACUACCAUGGCUCAGGCGAAUUUGGGUGUGGAAGGGAAAAGAGUGUUUCUUUAUUCUAAUUCAAUUGCUAAUUUUUAUUGGAAUUCUCAUGGUGACCUGUUCUAUGAGAUGGUUGAAGAUGCAUUCUUGGGCUGGAAGGGAAAAGAGUUGGAGUACAAAAAUGCUGUGCGUCUUGUCAAGAGCCUUGAUCUUUCAAGCAAUAAACUAACUGGAGAAAUUCCUAGCGAAAUCACGUGCCUUGAAGGAUUGGUGGGCUUGAAUCUAUCAAGGAACUCCAUGAAAGGGUCAAUUCCUUCAAACAUUGGUCGGAUGAGAUCAUUAGAUUUUCUUGAUUUGUCUAUGAAUCAUCUUGCUGGUGAAAUCCCUGCAAGUCUUUCUCAAAUAAAUCGCCUUGGUGUCUUGGAUUUAUCAUGUAACAACUUGUCAGGAAAGAUUCCAAGAGGCACUCAAUUACAAGGCUACAACGCCUCUGUCUACAUGGGAAAUCCUCAACUUUGUGGGCUCCCGCUUCUGAAAAGGUGCCCAGGGGACGAAGUGACUCAAGACCCACCGUCUACUGGUGGCAAUGAAGACAAUAGAAAUACUCAAGGAGAUGAAGCUGUGCUUGGAAUAUUCCCAUGGUACUAUUAUGGUAUGGGGCUUGGAUUUGCAGUAGGAUUUUUCGGAGUUUGCGGUACUCUAGUGCUCAAGAGUUCAUGGAGAAAUGCCUAUUUCGAAUUCUUGAACAGUAUGAAGGACAGAAUCUACGUGAUGCUUGCAAUUUAUUUGGCUCGAUUUUGGAGGAGGCUUAAAAACCAUAGGUACUGAUUUCAUGAAAUGGAAUAGGUUUCAUGAUCAAUGCUAUCUUACGAAGGUCAAGAAGGCAAUCUCUGGUAUUGGUGUCAUUGACAAAGCAGAGCCCGACACCAGCAGGUCCAGAGUAUUUGCUUUUUCAGACUUUAUCCAAUCUCAGUGAAAAAAAGAAAGUCAAUGAGAUUCCCUAUAUCAUCCCACUGCCAAGCUUAGUUUGCAAAUGGGAGGCAAACCAAAUUUUCUGAAUUUGAUCAUAUUUAGUUUGGGUUUUGCCUUGUGCUUUGUUUGGAAUGCAAAUGAAAAUAGAAUUCAUUUCAUUUAUUUGCA